UUUUUGUAGUGCUUGCAGGAAUGGAAAAUCAAGGUAAUUAUGCAGUUGUGAUUAGAGAUUCAUAUUGAGAUGUACAGAGAUUCCAAGUUGGUUAAGUUUUGUCUAGAGUUUAGACUGUCGGAUAGAUUUGUAUAAAUGCCUUGUACGACAUAGCUUUGGGUAUUUUUUGUAUAAAGAAAAGUAUUUUAACAGUAUUUUUUUGUAUUGAUAAUUACAGUUUUUCCGCUAUAUGAGAUUAUUUCAGCGUAACAUUCGUGUUUAUCUACAAGAUAAACGAAGAGAAAUAUCAGGAUGUUACAAAAGGAGCCGAGGAAGGUGGUGUCGGCAAGGGAAGGCCAUCGGGGAGCUAACAUAGCUGAUGGGUGUUCUCCGGCAAGCGGUUCUGUGGAACCACCUUCUUCGUUGACGUGGCUGAGUGACCCAGCCCUGGGCAUUCUGGGUAAGGCGCCGACAGUUCUCCCUGCAUGUGUUCGCAGGGAGGUCUCGACCAGUUCUGUUUUGCCGGCUCUCUCGGGGUCUACUACCGGUGAUCGUGCGAAGUUUAAGAAGCCGACAUGUGGGAGGGGGGAUGGAAAAAGGGGAGAGAGGAGGUUCAGGCCAGCUAGUUUCUGUCAAGCCGGGGCAGCCGGUGCAGUUGCCUGGAAAGGAGGAGUCCGAUAUUCAGGGAGAGCUUUCUCCGGGGCUUGAGAGAUGGGAUUUGCUGGGUACGGGACAGAAGAUGAUGGGAAAGGAAUUGGGGGAAGGAAAAGUUUCUGGGCAGAAGUCGCUUGAGAAGCAGGGGGAGAUUCCACUGGGUCUUGAGAAGUGGGAGCUGCCAGGCUCGAUCCACUCUUUGAGGUUGAUUGUUGCUUUGGACAGCGUCCGUGAGGAGAGUCCUUUGUCUGUAUCAGACUCCUUAGCUGUGGUACCUUUUGCGGAUCAGGAGCCGAUUACGGUGGAGUUUGUAACUGAAUUCAGCAAGCUUGUGGGCGUCUCUUGUGAUGGAGAAGCUAGGAAGUUGUCGGAGGUCUUUGGGAUUAUCAUGGCUAAUACUGAGGGCAAUGGCAAGGAAGUGGGAGAGGCGGUGGAAGAGGGAGUGGCCUUGGAAGCACAUACGGGUAAUUAAUUAUGAGGGGCACAGUGGAAGUUCUUUGAGGGCUAGAAAUAAGGGGAGGGGUCAUCGAGCUGUUCAAUGAAGCCUAAGAUUCUUUCCUGGAAUGUG